UCCGGCAGAUUCCCGCUGGGAGGAGUUGCAGGUCGGAAACAAACUUUCCCCGGGACCAUGUCGCGACCCUGUCCUCCCCAGGAGCCAGUCAGAAACAGUUUGAUAAAUGACGCUAAGGCCCACCUAAGAAAGCAUGAUGUUGGGACCAAAUAUUCUCACUUGUCAUCUAACAAAUAUUCCAUCCUUUUACCGUUGUUGGCUAAAGAAGGAAAACUCUACCUUUUGUUCACCCUCCGGUCAGAGAAGCUGCGGAGGUCACCUGGAGAGGUCUGCUUUCCUGGAGGCAAGUGCGAACCUACGGAUGCAGAUGAUGUGGCCACGGCUCUCCGGGAAGCCCAGGAGGAAAUAGGGCUGCAUCCUCAUCAAGUAGAGGUCGUCUGCUGCCUGGUGCCACUGCUGUUUGAUUUGCUCCACGGCAUGUGGGAUCUUCCUGGAGCUGGGAUCGAACCCGUGACCUCUGCAUUGGCAGGCGGAUUCUUAACCACUGCGCCACCUAGGAAGCCCCAUCCAGGAUUUAUAGACUCCAACUUCCAGGCCCAGCCUAACCCUGAUGAAGUUAAGAAUGUGUUCCUGGUGCCUCUGGAAUAUUUCCUGCAUCCCCGUGUCUACCACCAGAAUCACCUGACACGCUCUGGUCAUCAUGUUAUUACUCACUGCUUUGAGUACAUGAACCCUGAAGACGGUCUGACUUAUCAUAUCAGGGGAAUGACUGCAAAAUGUGCCUUGUUUGUUGCCUUAAUUAUUUUGGGGAAGAAACCCUCCUUUGAGGUUGAAUUUAAUCUCAACGAUCUGAGGUCAUCCUCUGAAGAGUCUUUCCUGAAGCUUCAUAAACAUGCUACAAGCAAGUUAUGAUUUAUGAGACCAACACCCAGAUAACUCUCUUAGCAGUGUUUGUGUGCGCUUAUCCACAGAGCAACAGUAAUGCCAGCUGUUGGGAUUUGACAGGUGUGAAUAUGUUUCCUGCAACAUGAGGGUAAAAACCUUGCCUUUUUCCAGUUCCCCUCUAUUACCUGAGAAAGCAAAAGUCUUUCAAAAGUAGAAAAAUGUGUUUAUACUGUGGCAUAAUUGCACCUACAGUAUGCUGAACAGUGCUUUUCUUAUACGUGUAAGAAAAAGGAUUAGACACACAGGAGGCACUUAAUAAAUAUUUGUUGAAUGUA